GGCGCAACGAAAACCACAGAACCAGCCAAACCUCAGUCAGAUAUCACAUCUAGAGCAUUCUUCGAUGUCUCCAUUGGCGGGAAGCCGGCUGGUCGGGUGGUCAUGGGCCUGCACGGGAACGUUGUACCUCAAACAGUGAAAAAUUUCGAGACUCUCUGUAGAGGAACGGAAACUAUGGGAAAUCUACGACUCGCCUACGAAGGCUCGACCUUUCAUCGGAUCAUUCCAAAUUUCAUGAUACAGGCUGGAGACUUCACGAUGCAUGAUGGCACAGGUGGACGCUCCAUUUAUGGUACGGAAUACGACGGUCGCUUCGCGGACGAGAAUUUUCAGCUCAAACACGUUGGACCCGGUAUCCUAAGCAUGGCAAAUGCAGGGCGCAACACCAACGGGUCACAAUUUUUUAUUACGACCAAACGAACGCCCCAUUUAGACGGACGGCAUGUAGUUUUUGGAACGGUGGUAGAUGGUUGGGAUGUUGUGAAAAAAAUCGAAGAGUUUGGCAGCUAUUCCGGAAAGCCGUCUGAGAAAAUUGUUAUUACGAAAGCCGGCCUAAUAGAAGACGACGGAGAUCGUGAUUCUUAA